CGCUGUGCCACGGCAUAUCGCAAUCCAUCCAGAGAUUAGACGAAUACACUCGAGUCGACCAUCAACAGUGUGCUCAACAUAGCGCGAAAUGGCUUCCAGCGAAUCUGGAGACGACUCUCUGUAUCCAAUCGCAGUUUUAAUUGACGAACUGAGGAAUGAGGAUGUUCAGCUUCGACUUAAUAGCAUCAAGAAGCUGUCAACCAUAGCUUUGGCUCUUGGAGUGGAGAGGACUCGCAGUGAACUCAUUCCUUUUUUAACAGAUACUAUUUAUGAUGAGGAUGAAGUAUUGCUGGCAUUGGCGGAGCAGCUUGGGAAUUUUACGGCAUUGGUUGGUGGACCAGAAUUUGUGCAUUCACUUUUGCCACCUCUGGAAAGCCUUGCGACUGUAGAGGAAACAGUGGUUCGUGACAAGGCUGUUGAUUCCCUUCGUAAGUUGUCUGAGGAACACUCUUCAGCUGACAUGGAGGCUCACUUCUAUCCACUUGUCAAGAGAUUGUCUUCUGGUGAUUGGUUUACAUCCCGUACAUCAGCAUGUGGUCUGUUCAGUGUUUGUUAUGCCAAGUGCUCUAGUAACAUCAAGGCAGAACUUCGCACGCAUUUCAGAAACCUGUGCUCUGAUGAAACCCCUAUGGUCAGACGAGCUGCAGCAAGUAAACUUGGAGAAUUUGCCAAAGCAGUAGAGCUAGAUUAUCUCAAGUCAGAUGUCAUCCCAAUGUUUGUCAAUCUUGCAGCUGAUGAACAAGAUUCAGUACGUCUACUGGCUGUAGAGGCCUGUGUGAAUAUUGCAACAUCAUUAUCACCUGAGGACACAGAGACGCUUAUCAUGCCAACACUCCGAAAUUGUGCAGAGGAUAAAUCCUGGAGAGUACGCUACAUGGUGGCAGACAAAUUCACCGAUCUUCAGCAAGCUGUUGGACCCGAGAUCACCAAACAAGACUUAGUGGGAGCAUUUCAGAGCUUGCUGAAAGACUGUGAGGCAGAGGUUCGUGCUGCCAGUGCACAUAAAGUCAAAGCAUUUUGUGAGAAUUUGGCACCGGACUCCAGGGAGCAGAUCAUCAUGACCAACAUUCUUCCAUGUGUGAAGGAGUUGGUGUCUGAUGCAAACCAACAUGUCAAGAGUGCUUUGGCAUCUGUCAUCAUGGGCUUGUCUCCAAUACUGGGCAAAGAUAAAACUAUCGACCAUCUGCUUCCCCUAUUCCUGGCUCAGUUGAAGGAUGAAUGCCCUGAGGUCCGUCUCAACAUCAUUAGCAACCUGGACUGUGUCAACAAUGUUAUUGGUAUCAAACAGUUAUCACAGUCAUUACUACCUGCCAUAGUGGAACUUGCUGAAGAUACUAAAUGGCGUGUACGACUGGCAAUUAUUGAGUACAUGCCGCUACUUGCCGGCCAACUGGGAGUGGAAUUCUUUGAUGAGAAACUCAACAGUCUUUGUAUGACAUGGCUUGUAGAUCACGUUUUUGCCAUCAGAGAAGCCGCUACUAACAAUCUCAAGAAACUUGUAGAGAAAUUUGGGACUGACUGGGCCCAGAAUACAGUUCUUCCUAAAGUGUUGGCCAUGUCUAGGGAUCAGAACUACCUACACCGGAUGACUUGUUUGUUUUGCAUCAAUGUGAUGGCUGAUGUGGUCGGUGCAGAAGUGACCAAUAAGGUGCUAAUGCCUGUUGUGGUUACCUUGGCUUCUGACCAGGUGGCCAAUGUUCGGUUCAAUGUGGCUAAAACAUUACAGAAACUAGCACCAAACUUAGAAAGUGGUUGUGUACAGAGUCAAGUGAAGCCUGUUUUGGAUAAAUUGAAUGGGGAUUCAGAUGUGGAUGUCAAGUUCUUUGCGCAGGAAGCCAUUUCAGCGUGCUCCUAAAUCAUCAAGCAGUUGACUGGAUGCUUACAAUCAGCUGCUGCAUUGGACGUCUUGACUCCAACAACAUGCAUAGUGGAUAUUGCAUCAGCUCAGAUAAGAUAUGCCUGCUUAUAACUUGUUAAAGCAUAUGUACUGUACAUGAUAUUUGACAAUGUUAAAAUGUGCUUGUGAUAAGAGUGAUCAAUUUUAUUAUAUUUACUUGGUGUUGCUUUAGAAAUGGCAUGAUGAAUUCUUUGGAUUCUGCAGUAGUACUUAACAUAAGCACCUCUUGAACAUUGAUAGGUACAAGUAAUUAAAUACUCAAUUUCACUUUACAGACAAUACAUGUUAGGGCUAAAGAACUGAUGUAACAUUGUAUGAAAACAAUUUUUUUUUAUUAUUACUUCAACUAUAACUCAUAACUUGAAAUCUUAA